AUGAUAAGACGGCAACCUACCACACUUAGCCUGACAGCGGAGGACGUAGCGGACCUCGAAGCAGAGUUAGAAGAAUCCCGGCUGCAGCGCGAGCUCAAGGCCCAGCAACGUAAUCUUCACCGGGCUUCUGGUACUAUUCCGCAUCGCAGCAACAAUGAGGUCUCGAUGGCGUUGGCCCAGGAGGACGGCCACAACAGCCCGCUUCGAAAAAUGGCACCACGAGUAUCGGGCAUCAAUGAGCAACGACCACCCUCAGAGACCCGUAAUGGCAGAUUGGAGGGCUCAGCCUCUCAGACAGCACCAGGCGGAAACCCAUUUUAUACGGAAAGGUAG